AUGUACCCUACGAAAAGCAUGAACGAGUACAUGAGCGAGAUUAACAGGCUAUUUCCUAGAAGCACCGAAAAUGAUAUCUAUCGCACCCCGAACCCAUCAAUCACAAACAUGCAUUCACCGUUCCCUCAGUCAACAUCCAUCAACAGAUCUUCUAGUUCCGCUGACUCAGCUUCGUCAGAAUCAUUCCCUGAUAUGUCACAGCAAUCUGACAGAUACAAACCUUCAGAACAUUCAUUUGAUACACCAUUUGUCAUUCGACGCCAAAGGCCUAUAGUUGGGAGAAAAAUCUUUGAUAACCCAGACAGACUUGCACCAAUGUUGGAACCAAUACCCCAGAAGCCGUUUGAAGAGGAGAUACCAAACACUAUAUGGCAGUCUGAAGAUCACCACCUAUUUUCGCAGACACCUCCAAAUAGAGUUGAACAGAAUAACUGCAAUAGAAAUGUGUUCUACGAACUGUUCCCAACUGAACAGAAAGGUUUCGAAUUCAGAACACCAAUAUCACCACGGUCACCCGCAUCCAACUACACAGGCUCUAUUGGAAAUUCACCAAUUUUUUCACCAACAGUAUCAAAUAUUUCACCAAAUUCUGGAAAAGUCACUUUACCUCGAAUGCCAACACCACCAGCCUUUCAUCGCUCAUCAAGCUUUGCAAGUUCUUCAAGAUAUGACGUAAAGACUCCAAAAAUGUGCACCUUCUGUCGUAAGAAUGGAGAAACUCCCGUAGUUUACAUGACGCAUACGGUUAAAGAAAAGGUCGGGAACCAUAAUAUCGUGACCUGUCCAAUUCUAAGGUCUCAUGUAUGUUCCACUUGCGGCGCAUCGGGAGACAACGCUCACACUAUCACUUACUGCCCAGUCCUGAGAGUCAACAACAACGGCCAGCCAUUGCAAUCCACCACCAUAACUCUAAAGAACACACGCAUCAAGAGUAAUGGCAGACGACGCUAUUAA